AUGGAGAAGAUCAUAUCUCCAUAUAAGGCAGCAUAUGUUUCAGGCAGAUUAAUUAGUGACAACACAGUAAUAGCUCAAGAAAUUAUUCAUUCUAUGAAGAAAAAAAGGGGUCAAAUAGUAUGGAUGGGACUUAAGCUGGAUAUGUCAAAAGCAUUUGAAAGAUUGGAGUGGAGCUUCCUUCUUAAAGUUCUUAACUAUUUUGGGUUUAGUGAUGAUUUAUGUGACUUGAUUCACCAGUGCAUAAGUACUUCAACUCUUUCAGUUCUUCUUAAUGGUUCACCUAGUGAUGAAUUCAAGCCCACAAGAGGAAUUAGACAAGGUGACCCUCUAUCACCUUAUCUAUUUAUUCUAGCUAUGGAAUUUCUCUCAAGACAUCUAGUUGCAGCUCAACAACACAAAACUAUUCAAGGUAUUAAAGAAAAUCUUACUUCUGUCAACAAUCUCCCUAAUCUACUCAACAACUUCAGCACUCAGUCGGGACAAGUUAUAAACUUUGAGAAAUCUGCAGUUCACUUCAGCAAGCAUACAAAACCAGAAGUAGUAGACUGUCUCACUAAUAUACUUGGAGUUAAAACUAUGAACUCUAAAGAAAAUUAUUUGGGUUCUCCAUUAAUCCUUGGGCAUUCCAAACAAGAAGCUUUCAAGUCAGUACAAGAAAGUUUUGAGCAAAGGUUAUCUACUUACAAUUCAAUCUCUCUCACUCAGGCAGGAAGUUCAACUAUGAUCAAGCAUGUCUUAAAUGCAGUCCCUACUUAUCAAAUGGGCACCUUCAAGCUUCCUAAUCAACUCAUUAAUAAGCUUACUACCAUAGAGAGACAUUUCUUUUGGGUCCAUAAAUCUAAUAAAGAUGCUAACCCCAUAGCUUGGCUCAAGAUAUGUAAAUCAAGAGAUUUUGGUGGACUGACUUUCAGAGAUCUAGAAAAGCUUAAUUUGGAUCUGCUAACAAAGAUGGCUUGGAGAAUCUGUACUGAAUCAAGUAAUCUAAUGAUGCAGCUUACAAGAAAGAAAUAUUUUAGAAAUGGGGAUAUCCUACAUCAAAAGAUUGAGGCUAAAAACUGCUCAUAUUCUUGGAAUGGCAUUGCUAUAGGUAUGAUUAUAGUUCAGCAAAAUUACUUUAUAGAAAUCAAUAAUGAUAGAGAAACCAAGAUAUGGCUGGACAUAUGGAUACCAGGUAUGACAUCUCCACCAGUCCCAAUUAAUGAAUUAUUCAGAUUUUAUGCAGAUGUUGUUGAACUUAUUAUUCCUGGUAAAAAUAAUUGGAACAUUACUCUUUUAGACCAAUUAUUUGAUAACAACACUUCUGCUAGAAUUCAGAGUAUGUUUCUUGAUGUGACAAAGGAAGACAAGAUGAUAUGGAUGCCUUCAAAAGAUGGUAAAUUCUCUGUUAAGAGCACUUACAAUAAGCUUACUAGCUGGGAUGGAGAAGUUAAUGUCAAUGGAAGAAUCAUUCAAUCUGUGGUUUGGAAAGCACUGUGGAAAUCUGGAGCUACUCAUAGAGUUAAGCUCUUCAUUUGGAAAUGUAUUAGGGAGAUUAACCAGACAAGGGAGAAACUGGAAGUCUAUAAUAUAGAGCAGGAAACACAAUGUGGUAGUUGUGGUACUGGUGCUUGUAUAGGGAUCAAAGGAAGUUUCACACAUGGAACAUUAAAUCCAGAAGAAGGAGAAUGUAUGGCAAUUCGUGAAACACUAGCAUGGGCAAAGAAGAAAUCUUACUUCAAAAUCCAAAUAGAGGCAUAUGGUAAACUGGUCAUUCAAUCUCUUACAGGCACCACUUCUUUAAUUCAAUGGGAAAACAGAAAUAUUUUGAAAGAGAUUAAACAUUUAUCUUUAUGUUUUAGUUUUUGUAGUUUUUCAUUCAUUAGCAGAGAUCACAAUCAAGUAGCAGAUGAACUGGCUAAAUCAGUUAGAACUUCAGAAUUAGAUGUUGAGCUUUAUGACAGUUUCAAUGCCAAUAUUUGUAGUCUUCUGGUGAAAGACAUCCGUAAUUUUGAUCAAUAA